CUCCCCCCGCACGCCGUCUCAGGGUAUAAAGGGGCCCAGAGAAGUGGAGAGAAGUCACAACGAUCUGUCAGCUCAUCAGAAAAGUCACAGCUCCCCCUCGCUCAUCCACCAAGCUCCAACUCCGUUCGACUAUGGCCAGCUGCCCAGACAUUACUCCCACCAUGGAGAUGACUGCCGAGAACCAGGAGGCCGAUGGUGAGGCCUGCGGCCGCAGCUGCCACACCCACGGAGGCUACGGCCACGGGGGUUACGGCCACGGAGGCUAUGGCCACGGAGGCUAUGGCCAUGGAGGCUAUGGCCACGGAGGCUAUGGCCACGGAGGCUAUGGCCAUGGAGGCUACGGCCACGGAGGCUAUGGCCAUGGAGGCUACAGCCACGGAGGCUACGGCCAAGCUCUGGGCUACGGCCACCACGGCUACGGUGGCUACGGCCUGGGCCACGGCCACCUGAGCACCUACACGCACGCGCAGGGCCACUACGCGUACCCGGCCAAGGGCUGCGUCUCGCCGUGCGCCCCGCGGUGCCCCAAGUCGCCGUGCUGCACCCCGGCGCCCAAGGUGUGCCAACCGGCACGCAAGUCGCCGUGCUGCACCCCAUGCCCGCCAUGCGUGCCCAAGAAGUGCGAGCCGUGCCCGGUCACCAAGUUCAAGGGGUGCCCCUCUCCUUGCCGCACCGUCGUCGCCGGAGGCUAUGGCGGCUAUGGAGGAUACGGCUACGCGGGCAAAUACUGAGGUGGUCCCACUUGAGUUGAGUGUCGCGUGGGCACGUGGGUGCAUAGCGCUCACAGCCACACGGGAAAUCCCCAUAAUCCGCUGCAGUUUAUCUCACAGCCCCUUGAGUGCCUAACCGCACCUGGGGGGUGGGUGGGUGCCAAUUCGCGCUCUGUCUGCCAACGACCGCCCCUCCCCGUCUGUCUGCCGGCUGGCUGGUCGCGCUGGUUGUUUUUAGAGAGUUUGGUGAAUUCGUCUAAAUCUGUCCCAAGGUAACGGCGUAACUGUAGGUGCAUUGGAUCUCAUGUGUGGCCUUUUUUUGGGGGGGUGAGGUUGACUGAUGUUAAGGAAUCAAAAAUUAUUCAGUUCAGAAUUUAAAAAACCCAAAACGUAACAUUCAGUUCCUGAUAAAGUGCCCAGCACGUUCAGCGAAACGUCGGACAUAGUGCCCAAAACAACCCUUAAAACACUCACAUACGUCGGAGAUUCGCACACUCCCAAAACUCCUCCCACUCAGCCCGAUUUGAUCCCUGGGGGUGAUUUGCAGUUGUGGUCACUUUGAUCAGACGCAAUGUGCCGGGGCAUGCGUGUGUUUGUGUGUGCGUGCGUGUGUGUGUGUUGCUGCGAAUCGACGUGGUGAGUUCAGUUGGAUUUUAGUUGCUCUGUUGGUGGUUUGAGUUGGUCCGCUGAAGUGCUGGUGAUGAACGCCGUCCCGUUUCAGCUUGAUUCAAUCGCUUGUAAUGAAGUACCACAUCUAAUAAAGUACCCUAU